UUCACUUCACUUCACAUUUUUUUUUCUUUCCUCCGAAACUCGACUCCUACCUCAUCUACGGAAAUCAGCAAAAGUAGUCGAGAGUAGACAGCCGUUAGGUGAUCACACACGGCGCGCGGGCUCUUCUUUGGUGUGUUUUCUGAUUGGUGUUUCUCCAUCGAGCUUUUUGGCGACAAUUUCGUGAACACGAAGCAAACACAAAAAAAAGUUCAGAACAAUAGCCGUGGGCUGUUCUGUACGGAUCGGAUCGGAUCGCAUUCUUGCGCAAUUUUCGUUUGCUUGUUUUUGCAACACUGGUUAUGGAGAGAGUUGAAAUGUGUUCUAGCUGGAAGUGAUUUUUAUCGAGCUAUGCGAAAAUUCUAUCGUUGCGUGUCACAUUCAAAUUUGAAAGCAGACAACGCAAGUCAUUCUGGAUUUUGAGGAAAGUGAUUCUCGGUAGAAACAGGUGUCACGCAGGCAGUGUGCAACAACAUUGGUGAAUCGUCAUUGACAAACAACAAUAUGACGUUUCGAAGUGAUCGUGUUCUUCUUGAAGGUUCUUAAGCCUUUUACGAUCGCAUGUGGUGGCAGUGAUUGCGAAAUAAAUAAAACAGUGCAAAUACUUAUUGAAAAUAAAAAGCGAAAGUGAAUCAACAAUAUUUCAAAACUAAUAACAGAGCAAAUAUCGACAACAGUUGGUGGAAUUGAAUGAUUUUUUUGUUUGUGACAGUGAAGCUUAACUAUUGGGGCGAUCGAAGGCAGUGCUGGAAAAACUUGAACUCCCGAACAACAUCGUUGGAACGCGCCGGAACACUUCGAGUGAGCCAAGUUUUGAGUCACCUCGGUUCAAGUAGACGACGAAAAUAAUCGAAACAAGUUCAGCGUCCCAAUGACGGCGGCGACGACGACGGCCAGCACCACCACCACCGCAACCAUUCGGAUGCCGUCCAGUACAGCCCUGUCGUCGUAGAGAGUCCGACUGGCAGCACUGCUCCUCUCCUCUGGGAGGAAGCAGUUCUUCAACACAUUCCCAUUAUCGAACCCCCUCCGCGAUCGGUUUCUUCUCCCCCGGAGCGUGGAGGAGACCGAGGCCAGUGAUAACCCCCCGCAGUGGACAUUCCCGUAGACAAGUACCAAACAACCACCGAAAUCUUCCGUUAGUUUAAGGGGGAGCAUCGAAGCUGCCGAACCGGACGUGUUCCCAGCUUCAUUCCUUUUUGUCAUAUUUCUACUUAGUGGCGCGCCAGUACGCAAAACGAGACCGUGUAAAUGCUUGGAGUUAGGAUGCUGAUGCUGCAAUAUAGCAAACACGGCGAAUGCAUACUCCAGGAAAUCGGUGCAGCAUUCCGGGGCGAGCAUGCGACAGACCUCCUGCUCAUCUGCGACGGCAAGGAGACUGUUCGGGCGCACAAACUGGUCCUGGCCGCAGCCAGCCCUCUCAUUAGGAUGAUCCUGGAGGAAACGCCCAUCCUUGAUGGCGUUACCACCGUGUACUUCCCGGAUGUCAAAGUGUGCUACUUCCGGCUUCUGCUGGACUUUCUAUACUCGGGACAGGUGUACGUGCGAUCCGUCGAUGAGUACCAUCAUCUGCAGGACCUGCUAGCGCUGCUACAGAUCAAGGCCAGCAUAUGGAAGAACGGUGAAGACUCGAACGACAGUGAAUCGAACAAAUCAGAACCUCACGUGGACAUCAAUCGCAAUGAGGGCAUCGCGUCGAGUCAUCCCCCGCGAAGGAGAUCCAAGAGCCAGGAAUCCUUCGCCGGGGCCAACCGGACAGUUCCGAAAGUCAGUGUAAAAAGUGAACGGACUUCCGCCAGCAGUGAGGAGGGUGAUCGCGAAGAUCGCGAGUACAUGGACGAAGUGGACGACGCGAUAAUCAAAAGUAACAACAACGUGCCGCCCCAUCACCAUCAUCACCACCACCAUCAUCAUCAUCAGAUAACGCGGCAUGAUGGCGAUGACGAUGCUGGAGGUGGGAGUGGGAACGACGGAAGCGAAGGCAGUGGUGCUGAGCGAGGACGGUCGGGCUCGGUGGCCGGCGAAAGUGCAGAUCGACCAACACCGACGAACCUGAGCGGGAGCAUCGGGGGCGGACGGAGAAGUGGGAGUGGCGAGCGGGAUCCAGAAGACGAGGAAGACUACGAGCUGGACGUGGAAGAUCGAGAAGGCGAGGAGGCGGAUAGUGCGGAAGUGCGAGAAGGUCGGCAUACCGCUGAGUCGAUUGGAAACCGAAGACGAAGUUCGUCGGAUCCGGUGAACUUGUCGAUCGUGAAAACUCAGGACGUCGACUCGGACGAUGCGAAUAUUGACGUCGAAACGAUAGGCAAUGCUCCCACCAAGAAUCUACUACCCCGCUACCUGGACCCGUUCCGCAGCAAACGGAAAGCGUACUUCAUCCACUCGGACGCGGAACAGCUGAAACCGCUCGAGCACGAGCUGCUCCUCAACUCACCGGACAACCUGAUGGUGACGCCGCAUCGGAAGCGUCGGCCCGGGUUCCAUAACUCUCCCGCCCAGAAUCCGCCCUUCGUGCCGAGCUACCUGAGCCCGGACGACCUACGGACGCGAAAGUGCUUCCUGUCCGCGCCAACGUACCUGCCCGACGUCCGACCGGGAUCUCCGAACUCUGCCCGACCCAUCGACAUUGGCCUGGUGAAUAGCCACGCGGUCAACAACAAUAAUAACAACAACAAUAACAACCGGAUACGACCGCCCAGUGCGGACAACAAGCUGGCGGUCGCUCCCUUCGUGUAUCCAUGGCCGACGGCAGCUCUGGCUGGUCUUCCAGGCGGUCCCGGCGAUCUGCUUGGAAUUCCGUACGUCCACGAUGGACCCAAUGCGGAAACCAGUCCGGCGGAACUGAUCCAGCAAAUGAAAAACCUGGAGAAUUGUCAAGCCGAACUGAACGCCCGAUCCGGAAGCAGCGGCAACAACGGUGGCAACGGACCCGGAGUAGGAAGCGCUGGGAGUGGAGGAGGUGGCGGUAUGGGUGGCAACAAUGCCGUCCGGGAGUACCGCUGUGAGUUCUGUGGUAAGACGUUCGGUAUGAGUUGGAACCUGAAGACUCAUCUGCGGGUUCACACCGGCGAGAAACCCUUCGCCUGUCGGCUCUGCGUGGCGAUGUUCAAACAGAAAGCUCACCUGUUGAAGCAUCUUUGUUCGGUGCAUCGGAACAUACUCAACGCUCCGGACGAUGGCGGUCGGUUCAGCUGCUGCUUCUGUACGUUGUACUUCGAGACGCAGCCGGAACUGAUGCGGCAUCUGUCCGGACAUCACAACAAUCUGCUGCUGAGUAAGAACCUUCACGAAUGAUACCAGCUGCCAGAUUUGGACCGAUAUUUCUACUACUACUGCUGCUACCGGUUGGAAAUGCACACCACCCGUUUGUAAGAUAGACGUUUACUGUUUAUGAAUAUUGAAAUCGACCAUGUGAUAGAAACGCAUAACCUUAAACAUAAGUUUUGCAAUUGUUGAACAAAGGCAAAAUAUGCUACGCACAGACACACUCACACAGCCACAGAACGCGAAAGAAAGGAACGCUAUUCGUGAAUAUACUUUUGAGACCUCUCCUAACCUGUAAAGAUAAAGACGCCAACACUGUUCGUUUUUUCUCGGAUACUCGUGUAUACGACCUACCUACUACUACUACUAUUACUGCUACAACUACUACAGCAACGUUGAAUAGUACCGUCGUUAUUAACAGUUACACACUACCAAUACAGUCAGAAUGAUACAACCAUUAAAUCGGUUCGUGUGAUGUUCGCGCGAGUAGCGUUCUUUUGUUUGUUAUUGUUUUUAAUUUUGAAUUGACGGAACGUCAAUCGUCAAGCAUUUGACUCUAAAUUUUUCGGAUUUUUUUGUUUGUUUACACGAAGCAAUAUUUAAUUUUUAAGUAAUUUUCGUUCUUUCUCGUAAUGUUAAGUAAACAAUCAAACGCAAUCAAAAUUUUUGCUAGUUAUUUUUUAAAACAAACACAAAGCCACACAAACAACAAUAGUCAGAAAACGUGAACACAAACUGAAUGAUUACCAAUAAUAACCAAGUGAGACACAAUGACGAGACGAAUCGAGUCAAGCGCAACAAGAAACCAUCCAUCCAACCCAUAGUGAGUGAACGAGAGCGAGAGAAAGAGAGCCACGUACACAGACACAUUCAUCGCUAGCACACGGAUGAAAAUUGAACUACUUAAGCCGAGUAUGUGUGUUUAUUUCUACAUUGUUUAGAAUCGAAUAUGGAUUUUCACCUUAAUUUAUUUGCUACUUAACAAACGGAAACCACCAUCACCACCACCUCCGAAUAACAACCAACAAAACACAACAUUUAGGUGUCACAAUAGGGCGAGGCAAAUUUUUCGAAUCCGUAUAAGGAACAAGUUUUAUAUCUG